CACGAACAUAUCAUCAAAGCUGGCUUUACCAAACAGACAAUUCAGAAGUUUGUCGGCGAAUCGAAGCUUGAACUAAGGGAUGGCGCUAAAGAGAUGAUACUGGCGCUCUGUGGACGUUGCGUGCCUUUCAUAAUUUUCUCAGCUGGAGUUGGCAAUGUAAUUGAAUUCUUUUUGCAAAAAACAUUCGGCGGAAUAUUGCCGAACAAUGUGCAUAUCAUUUCGAAUAUGAUGGAAUACGACGAAAACGACGUAGCAGUUGCAUUUUCGGAGCCUCUGAUACAUACUUUCUGCAAGAAUAGUGCUGUGAUUAGCUAUCACGGGUCUUUGUUCAGUGAAAUAUCGUCGCGAAAAUGUGUUUUGUUGCUUGGCGAUAGCCUCGGAGAUCUAAACAUGGAUGUUGGCGUGCAAGAUGAGCAAGUUGCACUAAAAAUAGGCUUCUUAAAUUUUGACAGCGAAGCACUGAUGGGUAAAUUUCUUGACGGUUACGAUAUUGUGUUGCUCGAUGAUCAAAGUAUGCAGGUGCCGAACCUGAUUCUCGAUUCGCUUUUCGGCAUUGGAGGUGCACCGGAUGGCGAUGAUGUGAAUUUAUGUAUGUUUUGUCAAAAAUUACAUCUUUUUUUUUGUGGGUGCACGGUGUGUGUGUGCGUUUAUUGCUGAAA